AUGUUAUCCAACAAUAUGGAUGCCAAUGCGGCCUUGGCGCUGGCGCUUCGGCUGGAAGCGCUGGAACGCCAGGUUUCAGCCUGUGGGUCCGACGAGACACUCCCGCUGGAAAGUCGCGUAGCACAAUUAUCGCUAGCCAUCGACAAAGCCACGGAGCCCCAUGCGUCUCUACAGAAGCUACUAAAAGAGGCUUGUUGCAUUGAUGAUACCCUGCAAGCACCCAAUGCCGACGAAACUCUUCUAGAUCCGCAAAGCAAACUUGCUCUUGUGCUCGACCAUGACACAAGGAUGCGCUCGUUUGUGGCGCAAAUGGAGGCGUGCGAGCGUCUCAACGACCAGGGUGUGGCUGGUGCUGGCCGUCUUGCGACCCAUGAAUCUCUCCAGGAACGAUUGCACGUUUGUGCAGAGCAACAAAAACAGCACAUGCAUGAGUUGGAUAUCAUGCAACGUCACAUCACUGAGCUGGCCACACAGUACGAACGCUAUACGGACCAGCUCUCCCACAUUUUUAUAGCCCUAGACAAGUCCAUCCGGAAGAUAGAAGCGGCUGCUAUGUCUUAG